AUGCCUUGUAUGCUCCUUGACCCAUCCGAAAAGUACAAGCCGUACACACCUCUUAAACUCGAAAACCGUCAAUGGCCAUCGAAGACCUUCACAGGCCCUCCUAUCUGGCUGUCCACGGACUUGCGCGAUGGCAACCAGGCUCUCGCGAACCCCAUGACAAUUGAGCAGAAGACUACCUUCUUCCAGUUGCUCCUGGAAUGCGGCUUCAAGGAAAUCGAGGUUGCAUAUCCUGCCGCCAGCGACACUGACUUCAACUUUGUACGGGGCUUGAUCGAGAAGAAGUCCAUCCCCGACGAUGUGUGGAUUCAGGUUCUCACUCCCGCUCGGGAAGACUUGAUCAAGCGGACUGUUGAUGCUGUCGCAGGCUGCAAAAAGGCCAUCAUUCACAUGUACAACGCCACCUCCCCUCUCUUCCGCAACGUCGUGUUCAAAAACUCGAAACAAGAGACCACCGAUCUCGCGGUCAAACACACUAAGAUACUCCGCCAAUUGACCGACGAAUGCACGGCAAAAUAUGGCACAGAGUUCAGAUUUGAAUAUAGCCCAGAGACGUUCACUCAGACAGAACCCGAGUUUGUUGUUGAGCUUUGCGAUGCCGUGAAGGCGGCUUGGGGACGUGCAGGCUCAGAUCUACUUGACCGGAUCAUUUUCAAUCUGCCUGCAACAGUCGAGGUUGCUCCUCCAAAUCACUUUGCUGAUCAGGUCGAGUAUUUCCACACCCAUAUCUCAGAGCGAGAAAAGAUCAUCAUCAGCCUGCAUCCCCACAAUGAUCGAGGAUGCGGCAUCGCCGCCGCUGAGCUCGCAAUUCUCGCUGGUGGGGAGCGCGUUGAGGGUUGCCUCUUUGGUAACGGCGAGCGCACAGGAAACGUCGAUAUCGUCAACCUCGCAUUAAAUCAAUACACACAAGGGUUCAACCCCAAUCUUGACUUCAGCGAUAUUCAGCACGUCAUCGACGUCGUGACUCAAUGCAACGACCUGCCCGUUCACCCACGGCAUCCGUACGCCGGCGAACUUGUUUUCACCGCCUUCUCGGGGUCGCAUCAAGACGCGAUCAAGAAAGGAUUCGAGGAGCAGUCGAAACGCCACGCACUCGCACGGCAAAACAACGAAAAAGAAAUUUGGGAGAUGCCAUACUUGCCCAUCGACCCCGCAGACCUAGGUUGCAGCUACGAGGCCGUCAUUCGCGUGAACUCGCAAUCCGGCAAGGGUGGAAUCGCAUACCUCAUCAAGCAGCAUCUGCAGCUCGACCUCCCGCGCAAGAUGCAGAUCGCGUUCUACGCGGUCGUGCAGGCCAUCUCGGAUCGCGAGGCACGCGAAAUGACCGUUGAGGACAUCACAACGGCGUUCCGUGAGACUUACCACGUCGGCGGGAGCAAGUAUGAGGGCAGGCUCGCCUUGCGCUCGUUCAAGAUUUCCUCUGCGCCUCCGGCCGAUCCUUCGGGGGAGGAUGCCGAAGAUAUACGUCAGUUCGACGGGACCAUCUCGGUCGAUGGGGUCCUGCGUGUCGUCCGCGGGGACGGCAAUGGUCCCAUUUCUGCCUUGCUGAACGCCCUCCACACCCACCUUGACAUCGACCUUGCCUUACGGGAAUACUCCGAACACUCCAUCGACACCGCUUCAGAUCUCCAAAAGUCCCGCGCUGCGUCGUACAUCGAACUCGUCUCCGCCUCGGACCGCAGGUCCAAUAUUUCAUGGUGGGGUGUGGGCAUUGACCGCGACAUCGCCGGGUCAGGUCUACGCGCCGUCCUGAGCGCCGUCAACAGCCAUAUCGGCGACCGCGUGCUGCCCGAGCUCAAGCUCAGUGUCGGCUUCAGUGCGCGCUCUGGCCAAGCCGACAUCGCUUCGGCGAUCGUCAACUCCCUCGCCCUAGAGCUCCCCCGCAGGCUGCAGGCCGCCUUCUUCGAGGUCGUGCAGCGCUCCGCGCGCGAGUCGGGCGACGCGAUCGGGUACGACGCGCUCACCACGCUGUUCAAAGAGACCUACGGCUACGACAUGCCCGACGAGGGCCCCGUCUCGCUGCGCUCGUUUGAGCUCGAGCAUCUCGCAGGCGCGCGCAUCCGCCUUGCGGGCGACUUCAUGUUCGCCGGCAAGGAGCGCAAGUUGACGGGUCUUGGAAACGGGCCGCUAUCCGCCGUCCUAGCCUGUCUGCAUGAGAGCAUCGCGGGCACCCUCACGAUCCGGGAAUACUCGGAGCACGCCAUCGGCUCGGGUACAGACGCGGGCGCAGCGUCAUACGUCGAGCUAGUUUACGAGGUUGAAGUAGAUGGCCAGCUGCGCAAGUCUUCCGGAUGGGGUGUUUCGGCUGAUACAGACAUCGCUGCAUCUGGCCUACGAGCCGUCAUGAGGGCCGCCAGUAGAGUUGGGGCAGUGUGGAAGAAUUAGUUCACCAUGGAGAGGAAACAUCUGAAGUCGUACACUUUAUCUACAUUGUAUCUCUAUUCACCACCAAGGGCUUGCCGAGGGUCCUCAUUAAUGCUCCGUUUUCAUUCUUGGGGUACC